UCUCUCUCUCAUUCAUAUUUUCAAAUUAGUAUCAACAAAAAAAAAAAAAGAAUGGCAAAAGCUAUGGAGUUCUGGGUGGGAGAGAUGAAAAAGAUGGGUGAGAAGAUAAACCGUAGUAGAAACCCAUUGAUGCAAAAGAAGAAGAGUACAUCUUCUGUUGUGUCUGAACAACAGCAAGGAGUAGAAGAAAGAAGGCUUACACAAAAGGUAAGAGAGAAAGAUGAAGCUGCAACCAUGUCUGAGAUCACUGUGUGUCUUCUCAUGGACCGUUUUGUUCCAUGGUGAUACUCCAAUUAUUUUGAGAUGGUGAUGAUGUGUAUUAUACAUAUCGAGAUUUACAUGUAUAUCUUUGUCUAUAGAAGUUGUCAUGUUCUUACAUUUCCUUGUAAAUUUAUGAAAGCGAUGUGUGUUCAAGAGCAAUCAUCUAUUUUGUAUAUCUGUUCAAUCAAGAAUGUUCAAUUAUUAGACCAGGAA